GCAUAGCUGCUUCACAUGCUCCAUACCAUCUCGUUCUCCGCCUCCGUUGAAUUACCUUGCUUUCUUGUUUCCUUCGUUGGACCGGAGCGUCCUCUUGCUCUCAUCGACGCGGGGACUACUCCUCCGGCGACGUGACUUCCGGCUAGGUGCCGAGGAUCUUCGCGGCACAGUGAUGGCGGACGACUACGAGAAGGAGCGCACUCUGGAGGAGACCGCGACGUGGGCGGUCGCCAUCGUUUGUUUCGUGAUACUUGCCCUCUCCAUCUUGUUGGAACAUGCCAUUCACCUCUUUGAAAAGUUCUUAAAGAAAAAGAGGAGGGUAGCUCUUGUUGAAGCAUUAGAGAAGGUUAAAGCAGAGCUUAUGCUGCUGGGGUUCAUUUCACUGCUUCUGACAGUGCUGCAAACUCCAAUAUCGAACAUAUGCGUCUCCAGGAAAAUCGCGAACUCCUGGCGUCCUUGUAGCAAGGGGGCCAAGGCCGAGUCGGACUCCGAAAAGUACGGCCGUAGACUCCUCGAGUUCUCGGACUUCGAUGGGGUCAUCCGCCGGAGUCUGGCCACGAAAGGGUACGAUAAAUGCACAGGAAAGGGCAAGUAUGCCUUUGUCACGGCGUACGGUAUACAUCAGCUCCAUAUAUUCAUCUUUGUGUUAGCCAUCUUCCAUGUUCUGUACUGCCUCUCAACCUUGGCUCUGGGCAGCAUUAAGAUGAGACGAUGGAAACAAUGGGAAAAAGAGACAAAGACACAUGAAUACAAGCACUUCAAUGAUCCAGAGACGUUUAGAUAUACAAGAGACACAUCAUUCGGUCGAAGGCAUUUGAGCUUUUGGAGCCGAUGGAAAAUUACUGUCUGGAUAGUGUGCUUUUUCAGACAGUUCUUUGGAUCAGUCACAAAGGUUGAUUAUUUGACACUACGACAUGGAUUUAUCAAGGCACAUUUGCCAGCCGGAAGUGAGAUGACAUUCGACUUCCAGGAUUACAUCCGGAGAUCACUCGAGGACGAUUUUAAAGUAGUUGUCGGAAUAAGUCCGGUUAUCUGGUUCUCUGCGGUGCUUUUCCUUCUGACCAAUACGCAUGGAUGGCGUUCUUAUAUAUGGUUGCCGUUUAUUACUCUGAUUAUAGUACUCUUGGUGGGGACAAAGCUACAAGUUAUAAUCACGAAAAUGGGACUGCGGAUUCAAGAGAGGGGAAAUGUGGUCAAGGGCGUUCCUGUAGUUCAACCCGGCGAUGAGCUUUUCUGGUUCGGACGCCCACGUCUCCUCCUUUUCUUGAUUCAUUUCAUUCUUUUUCAGAAUGCUUUUCAACUGGCCUUUUUCGCUUGGGGCACGUAUUCAUUUGGCUUCAAGAAUUGCUUCAAUGAACGCACUGCGGAUAACAUCUUCAGAGUUUCAAUGGGGGUAUUCAUCCAGGUCCUCUGCAGCUAUGUGACCUUGCCUCUCUAUGCUUUGGUGACACAGAUGGGAUCGACCAUGAAGCCCACCAUCUUCAAUGACCACGUAGCAACAGCGAUCAAGCACUGGCAUACCACGGCGAAGAAACACACCAAACAAAGCCACCACUCCAAUGCCGACCCGUCGAUCUCCAGCCGGCCGACAACGCCGGCUCAUCUCCUGCAAAAGUACAACCACAGAAGCGAGGAGAGCCUUCACGAGGUCGAAAGCGAGCAUUGGCACGAGUUAGAGUUGACCAAUGAGUCUUCUCAUGACCACCAAUCAGCCCACGACUCCGAGAUUGCUAGGCAUUCUGAUGUCGUGGAGGAAGAGCAGCGGGACUCAGCAAACCGGCCAUCGGCGCCGCCUCAGGUGACCGCCCCGAACCGCAGUUGACAUCAGUUUAGUUGGUAAAUAAAUCCACCAACAAUAAAGGCUGUUUUAAUGGCGAUUACGGAGCAUUGGAGCUCGAAAGAGUCGGCGGAGUUGCAGAAGUACAUUGUUUCUAGAGUUUGUGAUAGUUCCUGAGUUUCUGAAUUGUAAAUCUUUGAAAGAAUUCUUGUUCAUCAUCCCUUAACUUUCUUUAUAUUCAAAAGGGUGUCCGGAUAAAAUUUUACUU